CCGCAGAGGAAAAGAAUUUUUUCGAAAGAAUGCCGCUCGUCGGGUGACGCUUCCGCUCAGUUCCCUGUGUCGGAGAUCCGAAAAGCGUCGCCGUCUCCGGCAUCUUCCGGUCGAUAUUGUUUGGGGUUUCCGGUACCGUUACUAUGGGGAAGGAAUUCGAGAUUCGGCGAAGCUCGACGGACCGCUCCUUUUUCUUCUGGUCUCCGUUGUCGAAGAUGGCUAUCCCAAUGACUAUGGAGCGGCAGAAGCAGCGGGCAAUCUCUUACGCGGAACUCAUGAAGCAAGUGAAGGCAGCAGCGCCGCCCCUUCCCAGGCCGUCGUCCUCUUCAUGGGGCGGAGCCGCAAAGCAAGCAUGCAUCUGUGCGCCUACGUCCCACCCUGGCUCCUUCAAAUGCCGCUUGCACCGUAUCCAGCAGAGCCAGAAGCCGUCAGUUCCCUCGUCUGGUGUGCAGGCGGUCUGCGUCGUCCCGCUGAGGUCGCUCAAGAGGGACAAGGUCGCCAGGAGGUGCAUGCCUCCGGCGAGCACGAAGGGCAUCCGUAGGGGAGCCAGUAGGCUAAGCAAGGUCGAGACGCUCUCUCAGACGCCCGCUGCCAAGGUCACCGAGGCCGAGCCUCCCCAAGACGCGCUGGCCACGGGAACGGAAAGCGUGCCUGCGGUGCAUCAGCCUUAAGCGUGCCAGACCCUGCUUACCUUCUCCAAGCACCGGUGCUAUGCCUCCUCCUCCCUUUUUUCUCAUGAAAUAUGGAGGCAAAAUCGUAGGUUGUGUAUGACUCGAACUUUUUGUUCAUUGUGACGUUGGUCUGAAUUUCAGUCUCUCUUUCUAUGCAAUUGUACAUAAGACUUGCAGCAUAUUUGGACU